GCAAACACUCUGAGCAAAGUGACAGUGCCCACGUGACGUUUGGACAUUACUUCCUGGUAUCGUUACUUCCGUGUUGCUGCGCUAACUGACUUCCACACCGACAGAAGAGUGAAGGUGUAAUCUGUUCCAAUCACUCGUGGUCCAUGGUCCGUACUUGAAAGCCGAUUGGCAGAGCAUGAAGAAGUGAGUGUGUCAGGAGAAGCACAGAGACGAAAGUGAAAGGAUGGAGCAAGAGGAACGACCACCCUCCCACUUUAAAGCGGAAGAGUGGGAGCCACAGCCCCCUCACAUUAAAGAGGAGGAGCAGCAGCAGCCCCCCCACAUUAAAGAGGAAGAAGAGGAACACAUUGUCAGUCAAGAAGGAGAGUUUCUUGGAAGGUUGCAGGAGUUCCCAGAGAUUGAUAUCAUUGUUAAAAAUGAAGAUGAUGAGGUCAAAGGUGAAAGUGAGGAGAAGAGAAAGGUGGAGCCUGCAAGUAACAGCUGUAUUCGACACAUAACAGAAGCUGGAGACCACUAUGGAGGAUCACAAGUAGGCAACCUCAUAGCUCCACUAUCAGAUGGUGAUGUAACAUCAUCACUCUCCUCUGACACUGAUGAUGAAGACUCUAAACCUGGUAUGACAUGUCACUCUGACAACACUCACUUUAAAUGCUCUAAAUGUGAAAAACCAUUUCAGUACCGAUAUCAUCUGAAAAGACACAUGAGAAUACACACUGGAGAGAAACCCUUCGUAUGCUCAAUUUGCCUUAAAAGUUUCACUUCCAAAGGAAAUUUGACAACACACUUAAGGGUGCAUACUGGAGAGAAACUGUUUACCUGUUCAGUGUGUGGUAAAGGUUUUGCACUUAAAGCUCAUUUGGAAAGACACAUGCGAAUACACACAGGUGAAAAACCAUUCAUGUGCCCGGUUUGUGGCAAAUGUUUUACCCAGAAAGGAACUUUGACAAAACACACAAAAAUACACACAAGUGAGAAAUCUUUCAUGUGCACGGUGUCAGGGAAAAUAUUCUCUCCCAAAAAUCAUUUGACAACACACAAAAAAGUGCAGGCUGAAGCAAAACGGUUUACCUGCUCAGUGUGUGGCCUGAGUAUCGCCCGUGCAGCUAAUUUGAGAAGACACAUGAGAAUACACACAGGAGAGAAACCUUACAUAUGCUCUGUUUGUGCCAAAAGUUUCACUCAGAAAGGAACAUUGACGAAGCACAUGAGAAUGCACACUGGUGAGAAACCUUUUUCAUGUUUUAUUUGCAACAAAAGCUUUUGUGAACAAAGAUUCCUUGUGACACACAUGAGAAUACAUUCUGGUGAGAAUCCUUUUUCGUGUCCAAACUGCAACAAAAGCUUUAGGGAACGAAGAAUCCUUGAAAGACACAUGAUAAAACACACUGGUGAGAAACCGUUUUCAUGUUCUAGCUGCAAAAAAAGCUUCAGUGAAAGAAGAAGCCUUGUGAAUCACAUGAGAACGCACACUGGUGAAAAACCUUACACAUGUUCAAGCUGCAACAAAAGCUUUAGUGACGGAAGAAUCCUUUUAAGACAUAUGACAAAACACACAGGUGAGACACCUUUUUCAUGUUCAAGUUGCAACAAAAGCUUCCGUGAAAGAAGAAGUCUAGUGAGACACACGAGAAUACACUCUGGUGACAAACCUUAUUCAUGUUCAAGAUGUAAUAAAAGAUUUACUGAACAAACACACCUUGUACGACACAUGAGAACACACACUGGUGAGAAAGUGUUUGGUUGCAGUGUGUGUAAUGGUAGGUUCUCUUAUAAAUACCAGGUUAAAGGUCACAUGUGUGCUGGUGAGAACAGCAGCAGGCAAUGAGCUUCCAUAAAAUAAACAAUAAAGACUUGGUGGUAAUGUUACUGUCAGUAGUAGUUAGGGAUGGGCGAUAUGGACAUUUUUUAAAAUAAAUUAUUUCCUACUUAUGCCACUGAUUUAAAUUAGUUGGUUUUUGCCCAUAGUUCUCCUUUGUCCAAUGACUUAUGUCCUGCAGUUGUAAACAAUAACAAUAUUUUAUUUAUAAUAGUAAACAUCACUGUCAUAUUGACCACAUAACGACAUUGGUAUCUUUACUGUCGGUAUUUGUAUUAAUCCUCCCAAUUGUGUGUACUUUCAAGGGAUCUAGCCUGCAGUUAGCUGUUAGCUUAUUCUCCUACGGCGUGUUGUGUGGCAUGUUAAACUGUUUUCAAUGGAUGAUUCUUGUAAGAAACAUAAUUUGCCGCCUUGAAGCAAGGAUUGUUGACUUGAAAGUGGCUUUGCAUUGUGUGGGCACGUUAGCUGGUAGCAAGAAUGCUACAGGGUGUUGACGUGCUCCUUCGCUUGUUGCUGUCAAACUUGUGGCACACAAACAGAUUUUGUCAUCCACAUGUACUAAUACAAUGUAACGAUAGUACUAAAACUCUUGUCAACCAAAUUUCUAUCUUUUGUGUAUUGUAGGUUGUCUAUAUUGUGCAAUCUUAGUAGUACUAGUCACUGCAGUGUGGUUACUGUUAACUUUGACUUUCAUACAGUGUGAUAUUGUUGUGUGUUUCACACAAUCUUGUCAAUUUUGACAUGUGUCAUUAAACAACUAUUUUCUGUUCA